CCCUGUAACCUUUUGCAAGAUUCCCACUUCCUGUGGUGGGUAUGUCAAUAUGGCGGUGCCCAUGUCGCCGGCACUGUGUCGUCUUGUAAUGAGACCUGUUUGGUUGGCUAGCUUGGGCUUUUCAAGCGGUAGUAAUAGACUGCUCUUAGCUGGCCCAAAUCUGCUUAAUCAUCGCAGAUCUACGAGAAAUGUGUCUCAAUGGAAGUUACACGGAGCAGUUUGUCUGCAGAGACCCGCUGUAAUUUCCCAGGAACGGAGUCCAAUGGAGCAGCAGGUAGCAGAACUACUAGGCCAGCUUGAAUUUGAAAAAAGUCUUCUGUCAGAUCAUGAAAUCUCUGUACUGGAGGAUGCUGAGAGGAUCAGUCGCAAACAGGCAGAUGACUAUGACUCUGAUGAAGAUAGGGGUGAUGGAAACAAAAUUGUCACUGCACAGGAUCUUGAAGACAUGUGGGAUCAAAAAAUGCAACAGUUCAGUCCUGCUCUACGAAUCACAGAAGAGGAUAAGAAGAAUGACAGGACGUCUCUUAAUCGUAGUUUGGGAGAUACUCUUUUGCUGUUGGUGAAAGAAAAAAUUGGUAAAAAUGAGGUGUGGCUGCUUCCUCAGGCACAAUGGGAAGAGGGUGAAACUCUAAGGCAGACAGCUGAACGAGCCCUUACCACAGUGACAGGUGGCGGCAUCAAUGCAUCUUUUUUAGGAAAUGCCCCAUGUGGGUUUUAUAAGUACAAAUUUCCAAAGGAUGUCCAGACUGAAAGCUGCUAUGGAGCUAAACUGUUUUUCUUCAAAGCCCUGCUUGCAGACAAAAACAUCAGCCUGUUGAGAAAAGAUGACUAUGUGUGGGUGAGGAAGAAUGAAUUGCAGGACUAUUUGAAACCUGAAUACCUGAAACGGGUCAACCAAUUUGUUUUAGACACAAAUUCAAACUGAAGAGAUAUCAGCAAUGUCAUAUCAACGUUUGUCAAAAGAUGCAGGAUAAAAUUAGCUUUAACUUUUCUGUUCUAAUGGGAAGUGAUCUUUUUUUUUCCUGUGAUUUCUGUAUUUCACAACAUUUUUGUUAAAGGAUUUGUUUUGUCUAUUAAAGUAUUUUAAGCUUUA